AUGCUCAACACCAAUAUUCGCCCCAAUUCCAACACUUUCACCACUGUUGUAAAAGCAUGUCAUACACUUUCCUCUCUAGAACAAGUCUUCACUCUGUCCAUGAAGUUGGGAAAUUCAUCUGAUUUAUAUUUCAUGAGCUCUCUUAUCAUUGCUUUUUCGAAACACGGGGCGAUACACUUUGCGCGUAAUGUGUUCGAUGAAAGUUCUAACAGAAAUGUAGUUUGUUGGACGAGUCUCGUGAGUGGCUAUUGCAGUUGCGGUGAGGGGAUUGAGCUUUUUCGUGAAUUGAAGAAGAACAAGGGUUGUGCGGGUGUGAAACCCAAUGGGACUCUUUUGGCGAGUGUUCUUAAGGCUUGUACAAUGGUGGGUGCUUUUGAGGAAGGGAAAUGGAUUCAUUCCUAUGUUGAGGAAAAUGGUUUGGAGUAUGAACUUGAGCUUGGAACAGCGUUAAUUGAUUUCUACACGAAAUGUGGUUGUUUAAAGAGUGCAGAGGAAGUGUUUGAGAAAAUGGUUGUUAAAGAUGUUGCUACUUGGAGUGCUAUGAUUUUGGGAUUGGCUAUUAAUGGGAAUAAUCUGAUGGCACUGAAACUGUUUGAGAAGAUGGAGAAGGUUGGACCAAAACCUAAUGAGAUUACUUUCAUUGGUGUUCUCACUGCUUGCAAUCGUAAAAGUCUGUUUGGUGAAGCGUUGCGGUUAUUCGGAAUUAUCGUUUGA